AUGGAGAAGAACAACGUGAAGCGGAUAUCUAUUAAUAAUCCACGGAGUCCCUCCGAUGUCGCCCGUCCCGUCUUCGCCGAUGGCCGUCGGCCACCGCCGCAUUAUGGAAGUCUCGUCCGGCUGACAACGGCGCCGCUCUCAGAUCCGGUGUUCCCGCACAUUCCCUGCGAGUUUCGGGAGAGCGACUUCAAACGGCCGCCCGUGUCACGUGAGUAUGUUGCGGCACUGGAGUCUCGCAUCGCCUCGCUUGAGGGCUUCUUAGCUCGGCUCAAGGAGGCUAGCAACGAUGAGCGAAACCAGAUUUUGGACGAAGUUGAGAUCAAAGACUACGUGCCGUCUUUCUCUAGCUUGCCCUUGGAGGACGAAGCAGCGUUGAGUGAGGCUUUGACCAAGGCGACCUUGCAAGAGACUUUGGAUGGUGAGGUUCUUAAGAAGAGAGUGGAUGUAAUAUGUUCUGGUGACUGA